GUUGCAGCAGACGGCAGCGAAGUAGUCAGCGGACGCAUUCUUUGGCCUUUGGUAUAUACAGAUGCUCGUGUUAAGACCGCUAGCAAUUACAAGCAAACCCUGCGUAAUAUAAAAAAUUUCAAUAUUUACCGUUAAACAGCAACGAGUGCAGAUAUCAAUCAUACGCCGCGUGUAUCACGCAAUAAAAAUACUUGCCCAGGGGUUCACAGUCGAGCUGCCAUGGUGUCAAUGUGCUAAGCAGUCGCUAUAACACAGACUUGGAAUUGGAUUUCGCUGACAAGGAGGGGAGGAAAAAACCGCAACCACGGCAUACCAAACGAAUAUGGAGCGCAAAUUGCUAUACGCCUUUCGGGGCUGGAUAGCAUUUGUGGCUUUCAUGGAUCUGGGCACGGCAUUUCGCAGUUACAUCGAAAAACGAUGUUUUCUGGGAAAUCACACCGAUACGCAGUUUAUUGAGGGCGAUUAUACCAUAUCACGCAUAAUUGGCAUGUACUGUCUGCUUAAAGCAAUUGCCUUGGUGCACUGUACGCUCUACAUACACUACAGACCCGUGGUGAGCAUGGGCGGUUGCUCAUUGGCACUUACCAUGGUUUUGUACUGCACCGAAGCGUUAUACUUCCGUUCCAGCACCCUGACUUUUUACGUGAUCUUUCCGUGCGUUUUGAACACAAUUACAUUGUUGGGGCUGAUUUACAUACCUAGACGCUUAAGACUGUGGGAGCCACAUAUGGACUUGGAUGAUGAGAACUCGCAAUUGUUGAAACAAAUGACUGGCUUUAAAAGGCGACGCGCGAAAAAACAAUAAUUUAAUAUUUAAGCAACUGUCACCAACUCCAACUAGAGUUUAAUUGUGAACAGUAUUUUAUGGGGCAGGUGAAGAUUUGAAUAGAUUUGAACGCAUAUUAUCCGCAAUGGACUGUGUUGGUGUGAUAAAAAGCAUCAAAGAAUCAUUAAUUUAAUCAACUAGCAAUAAUAAAAUAAUGCCAAAUUAGUGAUUUUUCUAAAUUAGCAACUAACGAAGAAAUACGAUAAGCUCGGUAAAAGUCAAUUUCUGACAUAAUCACAUAAACAUUUAAAGCAUUUUGUACUUCCUUUUUAGACAACAAUAUUUAUAACACAUUGUGAAGUUUUUGCACUUUUAAUGUUUAAAAAAUGUGGGAUACAUACAUAUAUUAUUCAAAAACAUGAGAGUUAGUAGAGUUAAAUAAGUAAUUGAGAAUUUUGCGAUUUGCGAAGAAGGCUUUAAAUUUAAAUAUAACAAGUUUAAAAUAUUUAGAGAGCAUA